UUCUCACUCCUCGCUUGGAACCGACUUGACUGCUGCCAAGCUAGCCCCCCCCCCCUCCUUCCCCGCCUCGCUCCUUGCCCCGUGCAUGCCCCAUAGGGUUUACCCUCAGCCAGACUCGCUGCAAGCUCCGCAACUCGCCGUCCCGCCGCCCAUGUCGUCAUCGCGCGGCUCGUCGACAGGAUCGUCAUCGAUGGCCGGCUCGUCGUCGGAUGGCUUCAACCCGGUUCGGACGUCGUCGUCGACCAAGGUCCAGCUUCGGGCGCUGUUCGCCAAAUCAGCCACGUUCCAGCUCCGCCAGAAGAAGACCAACUGCUGCCAGAUCGGCACGGCUGUCUUUAUCGUCAUCGCCAUGUUUCUCCUCCAGAUGCUGGUCGACUCGUUUGUGCAGAACGAAGAUGGCUCCCGUCUCCCGGCUGUUCCGCAUCCGCCCGUUGAGCGGCCGUAUUUGCUGCGGACAAACACCGGCAUCACGUCGUGCAAGGCCUUCCAGCCUGGCCCACUGCCCAUCAUCUGUGACUACAACUCGGGCGCACCGUGCCCUCCGCAGCCACAAGGCGUCGUCUAUGGCGACUUUUGGUACACUCUUGGUUCGGAAACCGCCAACGUCGACGAAGACGUGCUUGGCGCAUGGUUCGGCGGCGCCAACGGGACGACCGACACCCUCUUCGGCGCCGUGCCCAACGAGGGCAUCCAGCUGGUCUACGGCAAGAUCUGGCCCGACCGCGGCAACUUUCAGGAGUUUUGUGACAAGGAUCCGCACUGGGUCUACCCGUUCAACUUUUCGCGCGCCUCGUCGAUCGCUGCGCAACAAGCAUACGUGUACAACAACUUUCGUGAGGCCAACGAGUUUGGCGGCUACGUCUUCCACACUUUCGACCGCUCGACUGCAGCCCUUGACGUCUCGAUCCACUAUAACGAAAGUCUGACCCUGGGUGACGAUGCGCCGCUCUUUAUGUCGCUCAUUGCCCAGAGCGCGCUUCCGCUCUUGGCCCCGGCCUCAAACACUGUGCUGGACUUUCUGGGCUUGAAAGACUUUCCCAAGAUCGACCGAGACAACUCGUUCGACCUCAUCUCGCUCCUCGGCCCUGUCCUGUACAUCUACGUGUUCCAGCUCAUGCUUCCGGUGGUGCUCUCCGCCAUUGUUUUGAGAAAGAGCACAAGCUCCGCGAGAUCAUGAAGAUCAUGGGCCUCAAGUCGCUUCCCUACUGGCUUGUCAACUACUUUUUCGGCUACGCCCUAUACUUUGUCUUCUCCAUGUUCUUUUGGAUCCUGGCCGCUAUCCUUGGCUUCCGCUACUGGACGCUCAACUCACCGGCAGCCAUCUUUCUGCUGCUUUUCAUCUGGGGCCACGUCCUCAUGUCGCUUGUCUUCCUCCUUCAAGUAUUCUUCUCCAAGGCGCAGUCGGCGUCGAUCGGAGGCUACCUCUUCAUUUUCUCGGUCGGCCUCCUCGCCUCGACUGUGGUUCGCCAGUACUUGUACCAGCCCGAGACCCCGCGUGCCACCAUUGUCUCGCUCUCGCUCUUUCCGCCGUUUGCCUUUUACCGCGGUCUGGUCAUUCUUUCGCAGGGCGUCUCAUUCAGCGAGCCCGGCCUCAAGUGGAAGAACAUCAACAACGACCAGGUCCGCCUCGGCGAGGUCUUUGCUUUUCUCAUCUUUGAAUGGCUCUUCCUCAUGCUCGUUUCCAUCUACCUCGAGGCGGUCUACACCACCUCGUACGGCAUCAAGCGCAAGCCGCUGUUCUUCCUCGAUAAGGCCUUCUGGUGCCCGCCAAAAGACAAGACGGCGUCGACGACCGACGCUUACGCCGCCACGCCAAUCGCUCCGUCCAAGGCGGGUGAGCCUGAAGAUGUCGCCGCCGAACGCACUCGCGUUGCGUCGGGCGAUUUCUUCGACCUCCGCUGCGCCGACCUCUCCAAGACCUACCCAGGCCGCAACGGCCAACCGCCCAAGGAAGCAUGUGCCGCCCUCGCUCUUGGCGUCUCAGCUGGCGAGUGCUUCGGCUUCCUUGGACCAAACGGCGCCGGCAAGUCCACCACCAUCUCGAUGAUUUCUGGCCUGUUUGGCCCGACCUCGGGCACUGCCCAUGUCUGCGGCUAUGACAUCAACACAGACAUCGACCUCGUCCACCUCAACAUGGGUGUGUGUCCCCAGGAGGACUUGCUGUGGGACGAUCUCACCGGCCCGGAGCACCUGCGCUUCUACGGCCGCCUCAAGAACCUCUCGGGCACGGAACUGACCGCCGCUGUCGACCAAGUUCUCGAAGCCGUUGCCCUCAACGACAAGACUACCCGUGCCAAGGUCUCAUCUGAAUACUCGGGCGGCAUGAAGCGCCGUCUUUCGGUCGCCUGUGCUCUCAUCGGCUCACCGCGCAUCCUCCUCCUCGACGAGCCGUCAACGGGCCUCGACCCGGCAUCGCGCCAGAAGUUGUGGGAUGUCAUCCUGCAGUACAAGUCCAAGUGCGCCAUGCUCCUCACCACUCACUCGAUGCACGAAGCAGACGCUCUCUGCGAUCGCAUCGGCAUCUUUGUCAACGGUGAGAUGAAGACCAUCGGCUCGGCGCCACAGCUCAAGUUCCGCUACGGCAAAGGCUACAAGCUCUCAGUCAUCUCCUCGUCCGACACCGUCGACGACGUCAUUGCCUACGUCGAGAGCCACAUUCCGUCGGCCACAGUCCUCAAUACCCUCUCCGGCACCACAAACUUUGAAGUCUCCAAGGACGCCGUCGCCCUUCAUCGCAUCUUUGCCGCCUUUGAUGCGGCCCCCGACUCGCUUGCUAUUCACGAGACCGGCGUGGCCAACUCGUCGCUGGAGGAAGUUUUCCUCAAGAUCACUGACAAGUACGUCUACGGCAAGGCCGACAUGGACUUGCCUGGCCACGAUGUGCCCAUGGACGCUAUGUCAUACCCGACUGCCUCCUCGUCGUCGUCAGACUCGACUGACUCGUCAGACUCGCCGUCGGCUUCCGAUUCGCCGGUCCCUGGUCCGGCGAACUCGGCGUCGUCAGACUCGUCAGACUCGUCGUACUCGGCGUCAUAACAUGCCGCUCCGCCCCAUACACAAUCUCCCUGCCCGCCUCCCAUCACGCCCUCCAUGGGAGUCUACACCAUC